AUGCCGCAAGCUGCGCUCGCGUUUCCGCCGGCAUACACGCUUGUCGGUGUGUACCGCCUGACGCACGAUCCAAACAUCUGGCGGCCGCACUGGCGGGCAGUUAGCAAGUCGGCGAGCCAAGCGCUACUGCUUGCUGUUCUGUGGCUUGUACUGACCAUGCCUUUCCAGCUGUACAUUGCAUCGCCGUUCAUCGGCCGCGUGGGCUCUGCUGUCGGUGCGCGGCAUGCAUACGAUAUGGCGGCGCGUGUCGCACAAGCCGUGCACAUCCCCAUGUUUACCUACGCGACGCUCACAAAAGUGCUGGUCGUGCUGAACCAAAUCAACUCGCUCAUGGAGCUCCGCAUGGGAAAGCAGCUGCGCGUGUUCCGCCAAACAGCAUAUGCAGAUACCGUUGCAUCGCGCGGCAAGGCUGCAGAGUGGUGGGUGCCGUAUACAGAAGAGUGGGAGCAGCCGCCCGACACUGCGCCCAGCGCGCAGCCACGCACGUUGCCCGGCCGCAUCACUGGCGCCGUGCGCGGCCGAUGUAUCCGCUUUGCUGUGCGCAAGGUAAGCAUGAUCUUUUUCAGCUCAAUCCCGCUGUUUGGCAUGGUCUGUUACGCAAGCGCCGCGGCCGUGUCCUACACCUCGUCCUUGCUACAGCCCAUGUACAAGGCCAAGCGCAUGUCUACGCACCAAAUCGCGCUCUGGGACGAAGAGCACCGCACGGAAUACUUUUUCUUUGGGCUCUCUGCACUCUUGCUAGAGCAUAUUCCCGUGCUGGGCCUCGUGUUCAGCGUCUCCAACCGCAUCGGAGCGGCCAUGUGGGCGCACGAUCUCGAGAAGCGGCAGCACCGGUUCCGGCGCGGGGAACUCGACCGUGUUGCACAGUCGCAGCACUUUCCGGCAGACGGCGCUCCGGGAGCGUAUAGACAUGCUACGCGUGCGGACGUGCCCGCGCGCAAGAGCGUUGCAGCCGAGCCAGCAGUGUAG